AUGACAGGGUGUUGCCACUGCCAGCAUGGCUCCCGCCUAGCGCUGGUGCGGGCGGCGGUACUCCAACCCCUCCCUGCGCGCUGCCCCUCCGUCGAGGGUGGAUCGUCUUUAUACCCUUUCUCGAACCCUCGAAGUCGUCCUCAUCUCCACGACUUCCUAACUCAAAUCUCGUCUGUACCCUGGCAUUCCAUCGCAACAACAACCAUGGCUUCGUCUGCACACCCUCCGUUCGGUUCGCGGUCCGCAUACGCCAGCGGCAAACUUCCCGACCGAUCACUCAAUCCACUUCCUUUCAGCGCAUCUGCCUUUUCGCGGCAUCGUGGACUCGGGGCGCAGACUCCUGGAACGGGCGACUUCGGCAAUGACGCUGGAAAGUCGGCGCAGCAGCAGCAGCCUCCGCCGCCGCCGGCGCACUCGCAGAGCCAUAUGUCUUCGCAGGACGCGUCCAAUCCGUUGAAUCGACUGACAGAGGAGCAGCGGGAAGAGAUCAAUGAGGCUUUCACACUCUUCGACCUCGACCGGGACCGUCAUCUCGAUUACCAUGAGCUUCGAGUUGCAUUGCGCGCCCUCGGGUUUACGCUUCCCAAGCAGGAAUUGAUCUCUCUUCUCACGACAUACGGUGUGCCACGGCCCCAGGUCCAGCAGCAAUCGCAGCAAUCGUCACAGCAGCACCCGCAGGCCUCGAAAGCGAACAACAACGCCAACAACCCGCCCCAUCCAUCGUCCCUCCUCAUGCCGCUCUCCGCAUUCCAGACCAUCACCGCGCACAAGAUCCUGGAGCGGGAUCCCCGAGAGGAGAUCCUGCGUGCGUUCGAGCUCUUCGACGAAGGCGGGAAGGGCUACAUCGAUCUGGAGGAUCUGCGACGUGUGGCGCGCGAGCUGGGCGAGACAGGGCUAGAGGAGGAGGAGCUGAGGGCGAUGAUUGAAGAAUUCGAUCUUGAGGGCGUAGGAGGAGUUACGCGAGAAGGUUUCGUGAGCAUCUGUUGGCAGUGA